AUGAAGCAAGUCCGAAGUCAGAUCGAAAAGAACCGGUCUGGAUUUGUUACCCUGAAAGCCGAAAAUGACGAAGACAUGUGGCAUGCCUACAACCUAGUUACAGUGGGCGACGAAGUUAGGUCAAUGGCCGUCAGGAAAGUUAUAGUCGAAACUAACUCAGCAACUGGGUCCAAGGAUUCGCAUCGGGUCAAGCUGAAUUUAACGAUCGAAGUCAAGAAAGUGAGCUAUUCGGGGGUAGAGAUGCCGAGCGAGUCGAGCGACAACGGGCUUUCGAUUGCAGGUCAACCAAGCAGCUCCUCAUCGGGCGGCGCCUCCUUACACAUUUCUGGGCAAAUCUCUAAGCAAAACGAGCACGUCAAGAUGGGUGCCUUCCAUACACUGGACCUCGAGCCCGAGAGAGAAUUCACGAUCAUCAAGGGGCCCGACGGAUGGGAUUCGGUCAACGUCCAAAGACUAGCCGACGCAACCGAUGCCUCUAAAUCUGCUGAAGUUGGAGCGAUUCUCGCCGACGAUACCGGCCGGGCGACGAUCUGUUUGAUCGGAACUCAUACCACUCUCAUCAAACAACGCAUCGAGGUCCCUCUCUCAAAGAACAAGAAACCUGGACAAGCUACAGAUAAAACGCUCGAUAAAUACUAUAAGCAGAUAUAUGAUUCAAUCAUCAAACACUUCAAUUUCUCUCUGCUGCGGAUGGUCAUCAUCGCUAGCCCGGGCAAUACCAAAGAUACAGUGUUUGAAUCAAUCUUCUCACAAGCAGUGAAAGCCAACAACAAGCCAAUGAUUACCUCGAAAUCUAAAUUUCAAAGGAUCUACACCCCAACGAUCCAUCUCCAAUCUUUAAACCAGAUAUUGAGCACUCCAGAGAUUUUGAAUCAGCUAAAGGACACCAAGUAUUCGAAGGAAAUCCAAGCUUUAAAUAAGUUUCAGAAGAUGUUGGAGGAAGAUGUCCAGCGAGCUUUGUAUGGGGAAUUACAUGUCGAUCGGGCUGCCGAAAGGGCUGCCAUCGGUACGCUGUUGAUCUCAGAUUCCUUAUUCAGGAAUCCAGAACCGGAAAAGCGGAAAAAGUUCAUUAAGUUGACUGAAAGCGUUCAGCAAUUCGGCGGCGAAGUUUUGGUUUUUUCUAGCAUGCAUUCGACUGGUACAAGACUGAAUGAAUUGACAGGAGUCGCAGCAAUUUUGACGUAUCCUUUAGAUAUGGAACUCAUUGAUCAGGAAGAAAACGAGGUUCGAGUUGAAAGCAACUUUUCCUCUCCUCCAUUUGUUUUCGCAUAG